CUUAAAAACAUAUUGUCUAUGCGAAAUCAAUGUGGCGCCUGGAGCAGAAGCGUCAAGUUAUGGUGUUUUGCAUUAGACAUUCGUAAAUAGUUUUUGUACUUAUAACUAAAUGUCAGUGAAUUUUUUGACUUAAAUUGAAUAUGAGUAGAUAUUACGAUUUUGGUAAUGCGAUAUCAUGUUGAGAUGAAAGUGUUGGUCGUCAACAAUGGUUAAAACACGAUCUUCAGCGCGAGUAGUUAACGCGGCCCCGAGCGCGCCCGCCGAGAACGGCAAUGGCUCGGAACUUAGAACGCGCCUCAAAACCAAUGAAAAAGGACAACGCGCGCAAAAGAACUUACCAUUUAGGAAUAACCAGGCGCUGUCGUCUAGCGGCGUGGGUCCCGGCGGCGGGCAGGGCAAGGACCCGCUGGCGCCCGCGCUGCCAGGCUCUCGCAGCAUGUACCAACACCCCGCUGUCACCGGGUACAACCCGCAAGACACCCGCGCACAGGCCCUCUCCGUCACGGCGCGGCAGAGCCCCAUGUACGCGGGCGGCAUGUACCACGGGUACGGCGGCGCGGCGGGCGCAGCGCUGGCGCCCAUGGCCGCGCCCUCGCCCACCACCCCGCUGCCGCCCUUCCCUGUCUACCCGGACGUCAAGUUUAAAAGAUUACCAUUCUACGAUGUGAUGGCUGAACUAAUGAAGCCGUCUACUAUGAUGCCGAUGCAGACCGGGCGUCUGCAAGAAGGCACCUACGUAUUCCACCUCACACCGCAGCAAGCCACAGAGAUUGCCUCCGGAAAGGAUAUAGUUGGCACUAGUAACAAACUUGAUUAUGUUAUACAGGCCCAAUUGAGGUUCUGCCUGUUAGAGACGUCUUGUGAACAAGAAGAUUAUUUCCCACCGAGUGUUUCAGUUAAAGUAAACAACAAAUUAUGUCCAUUGCCUAGUCCGUUACCGACUAAUAAGCCGACGCCGGAACCGAAGCGACCGCCGCGACCAGUCAACAUCUCCUCCCUAGUGAAGCUGUCGCCUACAGUCGCAAAUACAAUCCAUGUGACGUGGGCGGCUGACUUCACACGCGCCUACGUACUCAGCGUGUUCCUCGUACGCAAGUUGACCUCCGCUGAGCUGCUGCAGAGGCUCAAGAAUAAAGGCACCAAGAAUGCGGACUACACACGCUCGCUUAUCAAAGAGAAGCUAUCCGAGGACUAUGAUAAUGAGAUAGCGACGACGUCUCUGCGUGUGUCGUUGAUGUGUCCACUGGGGAAGAUGCGCAUGUCAUGUCCGUGCAGACCUGCCAACUGUCCACAUCUGCAGUGCUUCGAUGCCUCACUCUUCCUGCAGAUGAACGAGCGCAAGCCCACCUGGCUCUGUCCAGUAUGUGAUAGACCAGCGCCAUACGACUCAUUAGUUGUUGAUGGGUAUUUCUUGGAGGUGUUGACGUCUGCGCGUCUGUCUAGCGAGUGCAAUGAGAUCCAGCUGCAUGCUGACGGCAGCUGGUCUGCGCACACGCCGCCUCCCCGCGCCCCUCUCCCCGCAGCACCCCUGCCGGAGCCGGUCACCCUCAUACCUGAUGACUUAGAAAUAAUCCCAGUAGAGGGCACAGGAGGAGGGAAGCGGGCGGCAGUGGGGGAGGGCCGCACGCCGAAGCCCGCUGAGGCCCUCGUCGACCUCACCUCCGACUCGGAGGAUGAGGUGCCUCUGAAGAGGAAGGUGCCUCAACCCAAGCACACACCACCUGCUGAUAUCAAGGCUGAUGACUACUCAUCUUCAAAUGCGGAGGCGGUGUCAUCGAGUGGGUACAGAUCGCCGGGCGCAUGCGCAUCAGCCUGCGGCGUCAUCUCCCUCGACAGCCCCUCCCCACCCUCCGCGCACUCCCCGCCAGCGCCGGCACCACCCCCCGCGCACACCCCGCACACCCCGCACACACCACACUCCGCCCCCGACACCUCGCCACCACAAGACUGUACAAGCAACAACUCAGAUCGAGAAGGUAAUGAGUCUGCGCCGACGCAUUGGGCGCCAUAUGCUGAUGCUGAGCGAGACAAUCAUGAAGUUUAUCGAAGGUACUGACUGAGGGAGAAGAGUGGCCGCCCAUCUUACUCCAGCGACCAUUCUUCUGAAGAUGAACAAAAACCUUCCUACCCUGAAGUGCCGGUCCGGACGCAAUCCAACUAGUGUCCGGUAUUGACCUCAGUCAAACUAGUUUCCGGUCCUGAAUCCCAUUUAAUUUUGUUGGAUCUGGACCCAAUCCAGCUAGUAUCACUGGAUUCAGUAUCGAUGUCUCAGCUCUUCUAAAGACAUUUUGGCUCCUUGGCUCAGAUGCCUACCUGAAUAUAGCUUAUUUAUAAAUAUUAUAAUUUAUUAAGACAAAUUUAUAGAAUACCCGCCUUACGUUGAUAGUUUUCUUUAUAAUAAUUUCUAUGACUUGACGAAAUUCAUAUAUCUUAUAAGACAGGGAAAAAUUAUUUAUUCUGUUUUUUUUGUCCCGAAAUUUAGAUCACAGUAAUAUGCAUAAAUGCUACAUAUGUAUAUAAGAGAUAUUACGUCCCAUAGAUCGAAUAGAACAUCUUUUGAGAUCUUG